AUGGUAGAUCGCAAAGCGCGGACGUCCGAUGCCGUCCUGAACAUUGUGACAGCUGCAGGAGUUGCUGUCGUAUCCUAUUUCUUCGUCAAGAAUCUCCUUGCCUCCGUCUUGGGCAAUCUCGCCGACCCAGAGAAGGAGAAACAUGAGCAGGCUAGGAUAAGAGCCAAGGCAAACCUCGCAAGGAUACGCCGCAACGGUGAGAACGGUGCGGAUGGCACGGACACGGGCAGCUCGCGAAGGGGCCCACGCGUCGAGGACAUACAGCUCAAUGAGUACGAGAGCAUGGUCGCCCUCGAGGUUGUCGCGCCUGAAGACAUAGCCGUGAGCUUUGACGACAUUGGCGGCCUGGAGGACAUCAUCGAGGAGGUCAAGGAGUCGGUCAUCUACCCGCUGACGAUGCCCCAUCUCUACUCGCAUGCCGCGCCGCUGCUGUCUGCCCCGUCUGGUGUCCUGCUGUACGGACCGCCAGGGUGUGGCAAGACCAUGCUUGCCAAGGCCGUGGCGCACGAGAGCGGUGCUUCGUUUAUCAACCUCCACAUAUCGACUCUGACAGAGAAGUGGUACGGCGACUCGAACAAGCUUGUCAGGGCAGUGUUCUCCCUGGCGCGGAAGCUGGAGCCCGCCAUCAUCUUCAUCGACGAGAUCGACGCUGUUCUCGGCACGCGACGAAGCAACGAGCAUGAGGCCAGCGGCAUGGUCAAGGCCGAGUUCAUGACUCUAUGGGACGGGCUGACAUCGUCCAAUGCCGCCGGCGUUCCGUCAAGAAUAUGUGUUCUCGGCGCAACAAAUCGCAUCCACGAUAUCGAUGAGGCUAUCCUGCGGAGAAUGCCCAAGAAGUUUCCCGUCCCACUGCCGUCCAAGGACCAGAGACGUCGCAUAUUACAACUUGUCCUCCAGGGCACCAAGCGGGAUCCAGAGUUCGACCUAAACUAUAUUGCACAGGUCACUGCUGGCAUGUCGGGCAGUGAUAUCAAGGAAGCGUGCAGAGACGCAGCCAUGGUGCCGAUGCGCGAGUACAUCCGUGAGCGGAGGGCAUCGGGGCAGCCCAUGGUUGGUGUGGAUCCCGGCCGGAUACGUGGGCUCAGAACCGACGACUUCUUCGGCAGAAAGGGAGGCGGCCAGAUACUAAUGCAGAACCACGAACGUCACUCGCAACAGCGCAGGGCGGCAGCAGCUUCCAAGUCAUCAAGUGACGAGUAUGAGGAUAUUGAGGAGCAGGUUGGUGAGGCCCCAGACUAG